AUGCCGCUCUCGAGCGCGGCGUACAUCAGCCCGAUGACGCCGCACCUGUUGCCGACCUGCCUGCCCGCGAGGCCCGACCCGUUGAGGAUCCGGUUGACCUUCAAUUUCAUCGUGUCAGUCGGCUCGAUCGCCUUGACUCCGGUCACGAACCCCUUGGCGGCGCCGGCAGAGGCGCCGGCGAGGAUCUGCGCUGCGCGACGGAUUCCUCCUGGAAUAGGAACUCCGGCGAAGUGGGGAGGUUGUAGAGGGUCCGCGCCGGGAGAUGCAGAUCUUGGUAAGGGUUGUAGAGUCGGCGAUUUGAAGUUCGCUCAUCGGAGGAGGUGUUGGGGGUGUGAUUCGGCGAUUGAGGUUGAUAGGCCAUGGCGGAGUUAA